AUGGAAGAUUCACUCACAGGAAUGUUAAGUAGCCCUACCCUGUCCCAGUAUUCUAACAAAGUGGGUGGCUCAGCACGCAAGGGGCGUCUAAGGAGGCACGAGACCUGGUGGCCCGGCCCACCUCUCUCAGUAUUGGCUGGAGGCUGCGGGGUCCGCCCCUGUCAGGCUCAUACUUGGGCAGGGCUGUCCGGGGCGGUGGAGAGGGUGGAGCGAGGCGAGGAAGCGCACCCCCCGUCUCAGGAUUGGCCAAGGCUGGGAAGCUCCGCCCAUGUCGGGCGGUGGCUCGCACUUGGGCGGGAGAGAGGCGGAGCGGCCCGCACAUCCUCCCGCCCACCCUCAUCAGGAUUGGUCGAGGCUCAGAGGGCCCCGCCCCCUAGGGCGGAGCCGGGGCUGCAGCCAGGAGGCACGUGGGGCGGGCGGGGCAGUUUGUGGUUGCUGUGCCCGGGGCUGGGUCUGUUCGCUGGACGCCGGCCAGGGAUGCUUCCGCCGGGCCGCUGUGGCGGCGGGAUGGCGAAUGUGCAGGUGGCCGUGAGGGUCUGGCCUCUCAGCAAGCGCGAGGCCAAAGAAGGGGGAAGAAUUAUUGUGGAAGUUGAGGACAAAGUGGCAAAAAUCAGGAAUUUGAAGGUGAACAGUCGACCAGAGAGGUCUGGAGACACCCGGGAGAAGGUUGUAGCGUUUGGUUUUGAUUACUGCUAUUGGUCAGUCAACCCGGAGGACCCUCAAUAUGCAUCUCAGGAAGUGGUGUUCCAGGACUUGGGUACUGAAGUACUGUCUGGAGCUGCCCAAGGUUACAACAUAUGCCUCUUUGCCUAUGGGCAGACGGGCUCUGGGAAGACAUAUACCAUGCUGGGGACUCCAGCUUCUGUUGGGCUGACCCCACGGAUAUGUGAGGCUCUCUUCAUCAGGGAAGAUGACUGUGCCUCACUGCCUUCUUCCCGCAGCAUAAAAGUAAGUUGCUGCAAGAGGACACUAGGACCGAGGCAACUGGAGGGUCCCUAUUGCGAACAGCACUGAAAUCUGUGGAGUCCUAAAGAGAUGCUGAGCCUAUUUUAUGAUUUAGGAAAUGCAGUUUUACAUGAAUUGUCGGGCUAUAAUGCCGAGCAAAAUAUGAAAGAUCGUUUGAAAGCUCAUUAUAAGAACUCAGAGGAGCUGAAAGAACUAAAACAAGUCAAGGAGAAGGAGAAAGUGAUUAC